CCCUCCACCUUCCCCUCCCACUCCACUGGGCCGCGAGGAAGUCGCAAGAUGGCUGAUGUCGCUUGGAAGUAACGUUCCCCUCUGCAACAUGAAGCCGUGAGUGUGGAAGAAAGCGAGGGAGGCACCAUCGGGCUUUUAUUUUUAUUUUCUUUUAGUUACUUUUCUUUUAUUUCGUCAAACAUCCAUCUCAUUCCGCGUCGUGUCCGCCCCGGACUUGUCUUCGGGAGUUGACGCGUCAAAUCACGCCGGGGACCCUGAAGCUAACAGAAGCUAACAGCAGCUAGCAGCUAACAGUUAGCCAAUGUUAGAGCACAGCUAGCAGCUAACAGCUAACAGUUAGCCAAUGUUAGAGCACAGCUAGCCAGGCAGUCAGACAGCCAGGCAGCACAGAGCUGUUAGUUUGUGUUUUUUUAAUUGAUAUUCAAACACCCACGAGCCAGCACGCUGCAGCUACACACCUGCUGGAGCUGACCUGCGGCUGCGCGGAGUUAAAGUCACAUCUUGGAGCUGUCAGGUGGAAAAUAACGUCUUUUGCAAGGCUGCUCGGUUCAACAUGUCCGCGGACUGGCCAUCCAGCCUGUGGGUAGCUAACUAAUGCGCAGUACAGCAGCAUCUGCUUCAUGCUCACAAACCAGCAGCACAAUCAUUUUCUAGACCUUUUUCCAACUCUAUCCACCAACCGUGCUGCAUUUCCGUUAUUUUACUGCCAACUAACAUUCGUGGAAGCUUUGGUGAUGUUGGAGCCAAAUUAUGGGAGCAGGAAACAUGUUGAACUUUUUUUGGCUGUAGGUAGCUACACUGGCCUUGCUGGCAUCUAACCAAAAAAAUCCACAGGGAUGGACACUAAAGUGAGCAGCCACGACCAAAACUGAGAGCUUAGAGAGUGGAAGAGGUAAAGGGGAGAGCUGACACUCUGGUGCAGCCGUGCAUGGUGACUCAUUUCAGUGUGAGGGACAGAGAAGUUGUUUUCCAGGGUUUAACUUUAACACAGUUAGUCACUACACAUCGGAGACGAGUUAGCUUUGCCUGCAGUGCACAGCUAGCUUCAGUCUCGCCCCACAUCACAUCACAAACACGGCGUACAGAACGUACUCAGAGCCUGCUCCCGGACAGACCCACAGGCUCAAUAACACAGUCAUGGGGGUCCAGGGCUUCCAAGAGUACUUAGAGAAGCGGUGUCCAGGGGCCGCAGUCCCGGUGGACCUCCUGAAGCUUGCCCGCACCGCGGCCCGCCAGCCCCCUCACCACCAUCACCCACACCACCACCCACAUCACCCCGGGCCCAUGCCUCCCCCGCCCCCGCCCACCAGGAUCCUAAUCGACGCUGACUCCGGCCUGCAGCGCCUCUACGGCGGCUACCAGACGGACUGGGUGUGCGGGGGCGAGUGGAACGCCAUGCUGGGCUACCUGGCCGCCCUGUCACAGGCGUGUCUGUACCAGGGCGGCCUGGAGCUGGUCGUGGUUUUCAACGGCACGCUGGGGAAGGAGCGCUGGCCCGAGUGGGCGCGGCGAGCUCAGGGCCAGCGACAGACCGCGCAGCUGAUAGUCAACCACGUCGGCAGCAAGGCCACCCCGCCCCCCCGGGCAUGGUUCCUGCCCCCGGCCUGCCUCAGCCACUGCGUCCGCCUCGCCAUGUUCCGCUUCCGAGUGCGGGUUGUACAGACUUUGGAGGACCACCACCAGGAAGUGCUGUCUCUGUACAGGGACUUUGGAUUUGCCGGCCUCAUCGCUCAGGACUCUGAGUUCGCCCUCUGCAACGUACCCGCCUACUUCUCCUCGCACGCGCUCAAACUGAGCUGGAACGGCAAGAACCUGACCACACAUCAGUACCUGCUGUCUGAGGCCGCCCGGCAGCUCGGGCUCAAGACACAGCACCUGCCCUGCUUUGCUGCUCUGCUGGGAAAUCAUAUUCUGCCUGAUGAGGACCUGGCUGCCUUCCACUGGAGUCUGCUGGGACCAGAACACCCACUAGCUUCUCUCAAGGUGCGAGCUCAUCAGCUGGUGCUGCCGCCGUGCGAGGUGGUGAUCAAGGCCGUCUCAGAGUACGUCUCCUCCAUCAAAGACCUGGGAAACCUCGACGCCAUCGCCAGAGAUGUCUUCAAACAGUCACAGUCCCGUAUGGAGGACAAGGUGGAGCGAUUCAAGAAAGCUGUGGAGUAUUUCUCUGCUGCCUCCAAACCACGCUCGCCCAACAUGGGGCCCUCGCCUUUCAUCUUACCUGGGUUUGGACCCAAUCCUUUUGGGGGACCACCUGGCCAUAUGGGACCGAUGCAGCCUGGAAAGAAUCAGUUCCCUCCUCCCCAGGUUCAAGGGUUUAAGCCACCCUUUCAAAAUCCACCAUACGGACCUGGCUCCACCCCUCUGUUCCAGAACCCGCCACCGUCCCAAGACUGCAACGACUCACUGACGGGCAAGAUGGGCUUCACAGAUUGGUCCGCUCCGUACGAUUCCACUCAGGGAGGAAGUCGACUACCCAACCAUCACACCGGGCCUCAGUCCGGUCCUUCUCCGUCUCCUUCCUCGUCAUCGGAUGGAGACGAACCCAACGACAGCAACGCAAACCAUUUGACGGACAAGCCCUCGCGGUGGGAGGAUCCUGCUGGAAGGGGGGGCUCUGCCUCUGGAGACGCUUCCCAAGGCAACGGGAGCGGGUCAAACAUUCCGUCACUGUUGUCUAUGGCGACGCGGAGUCACAUGGACAUAACCACGCCCCCUCUGCCUCAGGUCAGUGCCGAGGUUCUUCGUGUAGCCGAGCACAGACACAGAAGAGGAUUGAUGUACCCACAGAUUUUCCACAUAUUGACCAAGGGAGAGAUGAAGAUGCCAGUGUGUAUAGAGGAUGAGUGUAACUCUGAGCUGCCGCCUGCCUCUCUGCUGUUCCGAGCUGCCAGACAGUACGCGUACGGCGUCCUCUUCAGUCUGGCUGAAACACACCGCCGCCUGGAGAGGCUCGCUCUCCGCAAGAGGGCCCCUCUGGAAGUUCCUCCGGUGAUCGUGAAAGAGUGGAGCAGCGGUAAAGCCAAGUCAGCCCUGACCCCGGAGCUGGUUCCCGCCUUGUGUUUCCGGGAGUGGACCUGCCCCAACCUACGGCGGCUGUGGUUAGGUCGAGCCAGCGAGGACCGCUCCAGGAGAACCAGGGCCUUCCUGGCCUGCCUACGCUCUGACUGCCCAGCCCUCCUCAACCCAGCUCAGGUCCCACAGCAUCUGCUGCUCAUGUGCUGCGUGCUCAGGUAUAUGAUGCAGUGGCCUGGUGGAAGGAUCCUUCAGAGACAUGAGCUGGAUGCCUUUCUGGCUCAGGCCGUUUCUAGUCAACUCUACGAACCUGACCAGCUACAAGAGCUCAAGGUGGAGAAGGUGGAUGCCCGGGGCGUGCAGCUGGCCUCUCUCUUUAUGGCCGGUGUUGACACGGCGCUGUUCAUUAAUGACGUGUGUGGCCAGCCGUUGCCUUGGGAGCACUGCUGUCCCUGGGGCUUCUUUGACGGCAAACUGUUCCAGAGCAAACUGGCCCGGGCCGCUCGAGACCGGGCCGCCCUGCUGGACAUGUGUGAGGGGCAGGAGGAGCUGGUGUCCAAGGUGGAGAAGAUGCGUCAAGCAAUCCUCGAGGGCAUCAACCUCUCUCGCCCUCCUCCUCCUCCUCCUCCUCUUCCACCUCCUGCCUUCCUCCCUCCACCCAUGGUGCCCCCUUUCUACCCCAUGCCUCCACUCUACCCACCCCGCCCCAUGGGCGGCAUGCCUCCUCAUCAUCACCACCCGCAUCAUCCACAUCACCCAGCCCAGCACAGACCCAGAGCCUUCCCAGGCAUCCAGUCCAUCCCUCCUCAGGGGGGCAAACUGGAGAUAGCCGGCAUGGUUGUGGGCCAGUGGGCCGGGAACAAACCAAUCCGUGGGAGAGGGGGGUUCAACAUGCAGGUGGUGUCGGUGGGAGCAGGGAAAGGGAGAGGUAAAGAGAUUCCAGCGAAAGUGAAGGCGGUGAAAAAGGCACCAGCCAACAGAUCACAGACGUCGUCCUCUCCCACAUCCAGCAGCCCCCCAAAGCCGUCAGAGGAGGCGGGCUCCACGCCAGAGGUUGCCACUCAGCAGCUGAACGGCAGCUCAGCAGCGUCCGCCAUCGGCCAGCCUUUGGAGCUGGCCCCCCUGGUCCAGCCAAUCCCGUGUGCCUUAGCCAGCAGAGACAACCAAUCAGAGGGGGUGGAAGUGGAGGACCCCUGUUGCCUUGACGACUGCCCGUCAGACGGAGCACUACAGAAGGAGGAGUGAUGGCGUCCCUCCCAGGAUGCACUGCUCUGAGAGAGUUCUCUGUGUUCGACUGCCUUUCCCUGUUUUUGUAGCCCUGCCUGCUAGCUGUGACAUCAUCACAUGGAGCAGGAAGCGACGCGGGGCUCCUCCUCGCCUCCUCGCUGCUCCAUGUGAUCGGCUCCAGCAGUUAGCCGUUACUUCCUUUUUAGUUUCUCAUGUGGUUUUACAUUGUUUAUGAAGAGAGGUUUUUCUCCAUGAGUCUGUAAGCGCCCCACUCCUAAAAGAAUCCUAAAUGCCUCCCUCCCGCACUCAGAGUAAAAAUAAGCUUGAAGCCCCGCCCCUUCCAUUACGACCCGCCACUCAAAGAGCCCCCUUCCCCUUAAGUAUGGGUAUCUGUACAGUUUGAAAUUGUUGUUGUGUUUUUGAUGGUCCCUUUGUUUGAAUCUCUGCACACAGAUGUAAAAGCUUGUGGUUACGGUGACAGAUUGGAUGUGGUUGUGCGUUGAUGCGGUUUGUUGCCAUAGCCUUCACGUUGAGAGGUUUGUCCCACACGACAUCCAGAGACGUUCAAAGUCUGACUCUGGAUGUGAGUGACGCGCCGUUUUUUUUUGUUUCUGUGCAGUGACCCUCGUCCCCUAAAGUCUGCAGGCGAGCAGCGCUGCCUAACACACCGUGUUAGCACUCCCCCUUAUUGAUUGAUUGGUUGGUUGAUUAUCUACAACAGGAGCACUUCCGCACCACCAAGGUAUUAGCGUGCUAUCUUACUUUGACCUAUGUAGCAAAGCCUAGUGCUCAGCUGUGCUAAGAACCCCCGUGAAUUUAUGCACCUUAUGCCCCGUCGUAUGCAAGAUGUUCCCCCGCUCCUAAAAAAAAAAAAAGUGCAUUAUUUUAUUAUCCUCCCCUUCCCCUCGCCCCUUUCUCCAAAAGCUUUGAUUGUAUCCUCCCAACAGAAGCACUUAAUGUUGUAUUUAACUAAAAGGAAUUUGAACAAGCCCCUAUACAGGCGAAUUGACCGUGUGUGAGGGGCGUGCCCUGCGCAUAAAUGAAUCCUUAUAACAUGUAGAGCUACAUUUAAAGGUAGAGAUCUAUUUGAGAGACGUCAGAAUGUGAACAGAGUGGUUUCAGACAAAGAAGCACUUUGUUUUAAAAAAUGUUUAACCACACUGGACUGUCCUCUACCAGCUGAUAAAGAAAUGAUAAACUCUUGAAGCACCUUCUGGAGUUAAGGCCAAAAAGAAAAGAAAAAUGCUGCCCAGCAAAAAGAUGGAAACGAAUGGUGAGGGUUGGGGUGACUGCUGCCUGGCAGAGUUCCCCUCAGACUGGCCUCACACGUUCAUCAAGAACCUUGAAAUGAAGCUGAAACGAGUCCUGAGACUCAGGAAAUCCUUUCAGAUUUCUACAAAGUUAUUUCCAAAGUGUAUUUUAAAAAAAAGGCUGACCGCUCAGGCAGCCAGUGAUAUAUAUAUAAAGGGGGUUUGGCAACAAAGCCUCAAAGAUUCCUCCACCCUCUGGUGGUGAUUAAGCAACCGUUGCCACAACAAUAGCCCAACAUACAGAGCUGCUGGCCCUGCACAGCUCAGGUGUGUCACUUUAUAGACCAGCAGGAAGCACUUACCGGCCCCGAAGCCCCCCUGCCGAGCACGGCGGCGGAGGCUUCAGCGGGUCGGAUCACAUGACAGGAGAGAGAGAGGCCUCGUGGCAGACCCCAGUGUGCCGCUCACAAUCCUGAGACUUCUACGAAAAAUGAAUUGUUUUAUUAGAGCACUUAUGUUUGUAGAGACAGAGAUGUGUCCCCCACAAUAGGUUUCAUCUUACUCCGGAAAUGCAACUUUAGCACAACUGCGAAUGAAAAAGAGCAGUGGAGCGACAGAUUACUGCCCGAGAGAUGCUGGCCAUGAACAUAUAAAACUCUUACUGAAAAGAAGAGGCUGAGACGAGCUCACGUGUAAAAACAGUCAACAAGAAGCACCUUAUUUUCUUACUAUGUUGAUGACUUGUGCUCAGUCGUGUGCCACAGAAUUGACAUGGAUAAUAAAGCUCUUAUGAAAAUGCCGCUUUUGAAGGACAAAACCCUGACUAUAUAUGUAAGUGUUAGUCGUGUCAGACAUCCCCUCAGUUAUGAACAGACCAUUACAGUGAAACGCUGAUCGUUCACCCCAGCCGAGAGCGUAGGCCUACGCUCGGCGUCGCAGGGCUGGGGCUGCCGUCUCUUACACCGACACCAAAUGAAAUCCGAUGUUCGGACUCGUUAGCCGUUAUUGGUAGGGAUUACGCAUACGCACGUGUGCUGUAGGUGUUCGUAGGUUAAGAGUAGGAACCAGCGUCAGGAUUAACACAGGACUGUAAUACACAGACACCAAGACUAGGCUAGAGAUUAUAGCUCCACUGGCCGAAAUACUAAGUCUAGAAUUACUAGGAGUCAUAUACUUAACUGCUUUCAACUUUUGACAUUAGUACAAAUGUGUAUUGCAACAGUACAUUGUUAGAAGAUGGCUUUUAUUCUGCAGCGAGCCAGAGUGUGAUUCGGUAUAACAAUGCCCUCUCUCUCGAUUCGCUCGCCAGAUAACAGUUACACACACACACGCACACACACACACACACACACACACACACACACACACGAAAAACAGGCGUUCAGUUGCAUUUGUUACCAGCAGCAUUCUCUCUGCUUUUGUGCUGAAGUGAUUUUGUGCAGUUUCAGUUCCCAGUGGAGUGGUCGUCGGUUCAUCAGAGAUCAUUUUUUUGGUAACACAUUCGACUGACUCCGCAUUUUCAAGAUUGCAUGGAGGGAUUUAAAGACAUACAUGUUAAAGAGGCGUAACAACCAACACGUAAACGCUCACACACACACACACACACACAUACACACACACCACACAGAUACAUAGAUGUUAAACCCUGAGUUACACAGUAGCUAGUAUGGAAAAAAAAAUCAAACACAAUACAUGAUGUAGUGUCCCUCUCUUGUCCUUGUCUGUUUUAGUUCGAUAGAUAUUUGAUCAGUGAUUUUUUAUGCUUGUUAUCCUAACUUCCCGCCCACCUCCUGCUAUGACACUUUCUCUCGCCUCUGCGUUCCCAAAACUGUUCAUUCACUUCUUUUCUCUGCCUCCUCUUUAGAGUACAUCCAAUCAUAAACACACACACACACACACAGACGUAAACACACACACACACAGCAGACACGAAUAAACCCAAACAUCGUACACACAGAUUAACCGCCCUCUCCCUCUUCUGUAUUUCAGUUCUCUCUUUCACUCUCCCCUCUCUGCCUCUCCUGUAGCCCCUUAGGACUGUUUCUAUUGGCCGUUUUCUCUUUGGGCUGCCCCGCCCCCUUUAAUCAACCCGACUAACAGUAAAGGUUAUAUUAACGUUGAUAAUCAGUUUCUGUAUGUAUCUAGCCAGAGUCUGGAAAAAAAAAUCUGAAAAAAAAAAAUCAAAACGGUUUUAUUCAAUUGUGCAAAUGUGUUUUUCUUACUAUUUUUAAUGUUAUUACAUCUUUAAUCUAAUCCUUCUACCAUUGCUUCAGUUAGUACUGAAAUACGCUUAGCCAACCUAGAGAUUUGAACUGUAAUGAUUGCGAUUUUCCUUACCUGUAUUUUAUAUGGCAUCUUUAGACCACCGUUUAUUCUGUACGUUAAGUAAAUAUUGCCCGUUUCGUUCGAAUUGAAAAUUGUCGUCUGCACUAUGUUUGAUUCUCAUAAUAUCCCUGAUAACGAUAUUUGUGGUCGACUCAUUAUAAUCAAUCUAAGCUGAGCUCUGCGCCCUUGCACAAAGCAGCGAAACAUCUCUUGUAAACACCUGAGAACCAAAGUACACCCAACAUCCCCUUUUACCCCACAUUAAAGCCCCUGAAGCCCCGCCCCCAAAGCCCCCCUAUAUGUCGACGGUUCGCCCCCUCCCCCCCCCCCCGAGUAACAAGUUUUCUGAUGAGUAUGAGUAUAUAUAUAAUGACAUUACAGCACGUGUGAUAUAUUUGACAAGUCUGUGAGGUAACGGUGUUUUUGUACACUGUGGUUGUUGUGGAGAUGCAGACAGACAGGGAAGAAGAACGGAAGUGUGUUUUGCGUUGACAGCGAAGAAGCUGUUUAGUUGCUCGGUUGUUACUUCUCCGCUGACUGAGUCGAGGCUGUGUGAACCACUGACUUCAGAUCUACACUCAUACACAGGAAAGAAAAUGAAAAAAAACGACACCUGACAAACACGCUUUCAGUCAUUCUGGGGUUUUGGCGCCCUCUUUUGCAUUUUAUUUUACACGUUCUUGUUGUGCUCUCCAACUUUGCCUUUUAACUUCCCAGACUCAGCUUGAUAGAGCAAUGUACUGUAACUGAGUCUCUUUAUGUGUGGGCACAGAGGCGGUUGAUGGAUGGCGGAUGGAUUUUCCUCCAAACACUCGUCUGAGAUUCUCAACAGAAGUUGGCCAGUGGGUCCAAGAAAUUCAUAAAAGCUGGGAGCUAGAAAUUUUUCUGUUUCAUCUGCAACCUUUUCUUAAAGGCUCAGCUUUUUGAGUGGUUGCAUGUCUUCAGUGCUGCAAUGACUUGGCCAUGCACAGAUUCAUCAGUUCAAAGAAAAAAACAAGUGAAUAAAUCAAUUCAAUCAAAAUUCAUGUUUCAAUUCAUUCUUGAAAAUUCAGUUUUCAAGCAAGAACGCUGAAUAUCAGUUUGUUUCAGUGUCUAAAAUGAGAUGAUUUAUGCUUUUCUUAACGUGUGAGAAUAAUCUGAUUGUCUUUGAAAUAUUUCAUUGACAAUUCAAGAUUUUUUAUAAAUUUUUAGAUGGUACAGAUCAACUUUGUAUCAUUGCAACUUUAAAAGACGGGCUUAGAGCCGAUUUAAAAGUCUUAAAAGACGAAUGUUUAACACCCCUAAAAUCUCAGCUGACGUGUCUGGAGGAAAAUUCAAGCUGCGACUGAUGAACAAUAAAAACAUCCUGCCUCACUGCCUACACCACUGGGAAGCGUCUCCUAAGAGCUUGACAAUGUAAAGAGAACCAAAAGUCCCAGAAUAGAACGACUAUGUACUAUGUAGUGUUGUAGAAGUCAAACAGUGUUAUCGUCUGUCAUUCAGAAUGUGGAAGGAAUCAUCGUUGUGUUGUACCUGUUCUGAUGUAUUUGCAGGAUUCUCACAGCAUUUUGUCCAGUUUGAAAAAAAAAAAAAAGGUUCCCUAUUCUGUCUGUCUCUCUCUACACUGCCACUCCCCCCCUCAAAAGCCCCCCAAGCUCCAGUAUAAUCCCCCUCCCUCCCCUGUUGCUGAGUCCUAGUGAGGGGCUCCAGUUGUCUCAAGUCAGCCACAAGUGUACCAAUGCAUGUACUCCAUUCAGUACCCAGGGCCGCCCAAAACUACCUGUGCAGCGAAAAGGGUUAAAAUUUAUCCAUAAUACUAUUGUUAUAGAAAUAUUAUCAUCAUCAUUAUUGCUGUUAUAAUUAUGGUUGGUAUAAUUUGUCAUCAUUGUUAGCAUUAUGGAAGCACCAGACGGAGGAAAGACAAGAAAAAAGAAAGCUUUUUUUUUUAAUUGUCUGGCUGUUGGUGGUCUGAUCUCACAGAGGGAGGGGAGGAAAGGUUCAGAAAGAGACAAAGAUGGCAGUCAUGUUUGUACUGGUUGGGAAAUGACUUACAGUGCUGAAAUAAAAUUUAUUCUUUUAGUAAAAAAAGUA